AUGGCAAGCACAGGAGGGGUGCUUGUCGAUGAUAUCGUGCUGGAAGUGCUCCGGAAGUCCCAGCUCGAAGCCUACCAGGAUAAAUUCGUUUUUGUCUUCAAUGUUCGACGAUUUGAUCACUUUUCACAUGUACGGGACAAGGAUAUGCAGGAUAUCGGAAUGCAGCAGCCACAAAUCAGGCAGCUUCGUGAACAAAUUCUCAAAAUGUCAAGAGAAAUGUGGAAUCGAAGCGAUCCAAAGCAGGUGUACGUGGCCGGUGACCAAUCAACACAAAAUCAAAGUGCAAUUGAUGAAAAGGCAUUCAUACCCAAUGAGCAGAUCAAGCUGUUCGAACAACUCGGAGAAGGCUCAUUCGCAGUUGUUAGGCGUAGAACUUGGGCCAGAAGCAAUGGACAGAAGACGUCCGAGCCGAUUCUAUCAACAGAAGUUCUGCAACCAACUCGAGUGCCAAGCGCUGCAUCUACACCAAAGCCAGUAUCGCAACCGGUUCCAACUCCGCAACCAGUUCGCACCAACGUCCCUCUCUUGCGGAUCGAUGUUGCCGUCAAGAUCCUUCGCGAUAUCUCCCCAGAACGUUGCAAGUUUGGAACAAUUCGAGAAGACCUGAAUUCUGCUUUCUUCCUUGACGCUGUUGCUCGAGAAGGGUACAACUCCAUCCAGCCAGGAGCCCUCAUUCUAGCCAAAGGAGAUGAAGUGGUGGUUGUUGAAAACACCGGUCAGGACUGGUUUGGACAAAACAAAAAGAAUCAGCAGUUCGGAACAUUUCCGAGAUCGGUGGUGUUCGCACAAACAAACCACGCGGUCGCGGCGGCAUCCGCUGUUACUCCACAAAAGGUUCCGACAGCUCCAACGAUCAGAAUGAGACCUGAACCAGUGAUUCAAGCGCCUCCACCUCUUCCAUUCGCGUCUAAACCUCUGAAUAAUAACACAAAAACGUCAUACAACGAUCGGACGUCGAGAAUUUCCAUGCCGGUUGCUGGCUCCUUCAUCCACACCGGUCACGGAGAUCCACUCGGAGGUCAAUCGUGGGGAAACCCAUCGAAUAUCGACGAUUUGUAUCUGAAAAAUCCUGUGAAAGGAGUCCCAUUGUCAAGUAUGUCCAAUGGCGCUCAAGUUAUCGCUAGUAAGGAGUUGCUCACUAACGGAGGCAGAAGCACGCACACACCUGACAUUUACCCCAUUGUCAGCUGCUCCAACCAAUCCUGCCAUGUCCAAGAUUCGAACUCUAUCGCUUGA